CUGUUACUAUAAUUUUUUUUUUUUGUUCUAAUCUUCUUCUCCUAAAGUAUUCAUACUUGUCCUUUUAUCAUUAAGAUUAUUCCAAGUUUUAACCCAUUUCAAUUCAUUGAAUAAUCAUAUACUUAAAGCUAAAAACUGUGACGUGAUUCAUUUCGGAAAAAUAACAGCGAAAGAAAUUACCAAAAAAAAAAUUACUAAGAGGAAAAAAAAAAAAGAGUAAGUGGUGAGAGAAAGUUAUCAAAUUUCCAUCCAUCCAUCCAUCCAUCACCAUUAUUUAUCCAAUAAUUUCAUUAAUUUGAUUUGAUUAUUCACGAGAAUUAUACUGAGAUAAUAGGUUUAUUCGACUAGGUAUAUACCUUUCCUUCCAUCAUACUUUAACAUUUCCAUCAUAAUAUCAAUUAUUCAUAGAAUUAAACUCGAUAAAAUGUUACAGUUUCAUUAUAUGGCUCCAUGGAUGCCAGCUUUCACUCAAGCAGUUGAUAAUGAAUUCUUAAUUACUAAUAAUUCACCUCCAUUUACACCAUGUCAAUUUUCAACUAUUGAUUCUAAAACGGGAUAUCCUAAGAAUAGAACUUUAAUAUAUCGAGGAUUUUUAUUUAAUGAUAAAACCAAUAAUAUUAUAACUUUUACUACUGAUAAAAGAAUGGAUAAAUAUCAAGAAUUAAUUCAAAAUGAUAAAUUUGAAUGUGUAUUUUAUUUUGCUAAUAUUAAAAAACAAUUUCGAUUCCGAGGUCAUGCUAAAAUUAUUGAUUCAACUUUUCAACCUAUAAUUGAUUUAUCAAAUAUUCAACCAAAGACAUUAUUAGAAAAAGAUCAAAAGAAAUUUCUUAAACGAGAAAGAGAUGAUAUUAAAUUUGAGAAUAAUCCUUAUUCUGAUAUUGAUGAUUUAGAAUCAAUAAAAUCAAAAACCAUAACUGAUUUAGAUAUUUCCACUGUCAAUUUGAAUUGUCAAUUAAAUUCCAUUCAAUCAAGUGUUUUAUCCCCUUCAUUAUUAAAACAAAUUAAUGAUCAAACAAGUGCAUCUUCAACUUCAUUAAGUAAUUAUACUUUGAAUGAUAUAUCUCAUAUUCAAUAUUAUCCUCCUACUAAAGAUGAAUGGAAUGAAGAAUUAAAAAGACAAUGGAAUCAAUUAUCGAAACAUUUAAAAAAAUCAUUUAGAAAACCGAAUCCUUUACAACCUUUAAAUGAUGAUAAUCAAAAAUUAUUAGAUAGAAUAAGUAGAGGUGUUGAUGGAAAGAAAGAUGAAGAUGGGUUUAAAAAUUUCGCAGUGAUUGGAUUAUUUGUAAAUUAUGUUGAUUAUGUCGAAUUAGAUCAUGAUAGAAGGUAUAUUUAUGAAAAGGAUUCUUCUCAACAAUGGAGUGAACAAGAAGUUUGUCCUUAAGGUGGAUGUAGAGUUUUUUUGUACAGUAUCAAUAUUAGAGGUAACAUUUUAUUUUUUGUAUAUAUAAAGGGUCAUUUUAGAGACGCUGAACAGGAGAGAGUUAUGAAUGAGGUAAACGAACUAUGAAUAAUAAUAAUAAACAUUAAACUUGUAUAUACAGAACUUUAUAAAUAAUUGGUGUAGCGUAGCUUAGCGUAGCGUAGUGGUGUUUAUGGUUUGUGUGUUUAGGGAUAAUUUUAUUUAGUGAGAAGAUGAAGUUUAAAUUAUUAGCGUCGCUAAACCUUAGGGGAGGGAGGAAUAACAAUGAUGAGUGUAUCGUAAAUUUUAUGUCGUCGUUGAUGUCGUUGUCGUCAGUGUUAUUUUCUCGGUGUGGUGUGGGAUUUCUCAAUUCUUUUUUACAUAAUCACAAAAUUGAGCAUUUUUGGAAUAUUUUGGGAUUUGAUUUUGUUCUUUCUUUUGGCUUUUUUU